GAAUCAAAUUUGGAUUAAUCUCAUAGACACGCAUCGUCUAGGAGCAUCUCAAAAAUGAAAUUCUUUGUUGUUGUGUUUGCUGUGAUCGCAGCUGCUGCUGCCACCUCCAUCUCCACGGAGUACCUGCCCCCAGUGGACAAUCACCUCGAAGCCGUCGCCGAAACGAUCGAUGUACCGGUCGAGCAAACUGUCCUGAGCGAUGAUGGCUACCGUUACAAGACCGUGCGUCGCCUGAGGCUGCGCCACCGUCGUGAUGUCAGCGAGCUCCCCACCGCCGAGUACCUGCCCCCAGUUGAGGCUGAGUCCCAGGAAAUCGCUGUUGAGACUCCUCUGGCCGAUGAUGGCUACCGUUACAAGACCGUCAAGCGUCGUGUGCUCCGUCAACGUCGUGACGUCAACGAGCUCCCCACCGCCGAGUACCUGCCCCCAGUUGAGGCUGAGUCCCAGCAAAUCGCAGUUGAGACUCCUCUUGCCGAUGAUGGCUACCGUUACAAGACCGUCAAGCGUCGUGUGCUCCGUCAUCGUCGUGAUGUCAGCGAGCUCCCCACCGCCGAGUACCUGCCUCCAGUUGAGGCCGAGUCCCAGGAAAUCGCAGUUGAGACUCCUCUUGCCGAUGAUGGCUACCGUUACAAGACCAUCAAGCGUCGUGUGCUCCGUCAACGUCGUGACGUCAACGAGUUGUCCAACGAAUACUUGCCCCCAGUUGAAGCCGAAUCCCAGGAAAUCGCUGUUGAGACUCCCCUGGCCGAUGAUGGCUACCGUUACAAGACCGUCAAGCGUGUUGUGAUCCGUCGUCGUCGUGAUGUCAACGAGCUCCCCACCGCCGAGUACCUGCCCCCAGUUGAGGCUGAGUCCCAGGAAAUCGCUGUUGAGACUCCUCUUGCCGAUGAUGGCUACCGUUACAAGACCAUCAAGCGUCGUGUGAUCCGUCGUCGUCGUGAUGUCAACGAGCUCCCCACCGCCGAGUACCUGCCCCCAGUUGAGGCUGAGUCCCAGGAAGUCGCAGUUGAGACUCCCCUGGCCGAUGAUGGCUACCGUUACAAGACCGUCAAGCGUGUAGUGGUCCGUCAUCGUCGUGACGUCAACGAGCUCCCCACCGCCGAGUACCUGCCCCCAGUCGCCGAGGAGUCUGCCAUCAUUGAUGUGCCUGCCGAGGCUACCGUCCUUGCCGAUGAUGGUUACCGUUACAAGACUGUCCGUCGUCUCAAGCACCGCCGUCACUAAGCACCUACACUAUUUACCCACCUACACCCUCAGGAUUUGAGAUUGCCAGAGGCCGUAUCAUGGCUCUGACAAACUCAAUUGAAAGCUAACAUAAGCGUAUUAGUCAAUGAUAACGAGUUAUGAAUAAUUCGAGUACAAAACCGAAACACUAAUAAAACAUUUUUAAAAAACAAAAA